AACGCAUUUUGUUUUUUCUCGCGUAUGACGUCACGUGGCUUAAAGCAACCAAUCGACAGGCGGAUUUUUCUCGCCGCGCGCUCGUGUAUCCCGCUAAUCCGCCUGUACUGCAGGCUAAGGUAAGGGUGUAAUAUGACACCUGGGGCCUGUUUCUCGAAAGCCCCGGAAUCUUUUUGGGCCCCAAAAGCCCCAUUUUGUUAAUCGGUACUUAAAGACAGAGAGGUGUAUACGGCUGAAACUUCUUGUAUGUAGAGAGCCUCUGUUCGUACUAAGAAUAUAUGAAUAAAACAGCUCGGUAGUCAAAAGGUUUGGGAUUUUGCUACGGCUUUUCGGGUGCGAAAACCUUUCGGGACCUUCCAGAAACGGGCCUUUGCCCUUUUUGGGGGUGCAACAUUUAAGAUGUAUUUUUUUUUUUUAAAUGCUUAUUUUAGCUUAUAAAUACAUAAUACAACCGAAAAUAUAUCAUUGGAAAGGGAGAAAAACAACCCGAAAACAAAACAAACAAAGAAAGAAACAAAGAAACAGAAACUGAGAACUACUUCGCGUAGUACGAAUCAAGCUUGGUGACCUUUUUAUUUGCCGUUGCAUUGUGGAGAGGUGGUCGUUGUAGAGAGGUUAAAAAUAAGAGUGAAUGUACGAACUGUCCACCGGGACCAAAAUUAAGUCGUUGUAGAAAGGCGGCCGUUAGUUAGUGGCAGCCUGCGUCAGUAGGCGUUCAAAGGGGGAGGGCGAGGGGAAAACUAGAUGGGCGAAGCGCGAUCGGAGGGAGAGCUCUAGCUUGCGACGAGGCUCACGUUCGAGCUGCGAAGCCGCGAGACGAGAAACCUCUUCACCAGACUCCUUCUCGCCGGAUCCCUUUCCUCUUCGCCGCUCGCCCGCGUGACUCAAAGAUGAACCUGCUCACAGGCUAGAGCGACUCCCUCUCCGGCUCUGAUCGCGCUUUGCGCGUCAGGUUUUCCUCUCUCCCUCCCCUCAAAAAGAUCGGGAAUUUUAUUUGAGGGGAGGGGGCGGAUGUACACUGGAUAUUUCAUAAAUACAAACAACCAUGAACAUGCAUCCACGAAUGAAAAUACUUUUACAGCCGGAAGCCAAGACAACUUACCGUGUGAGGAGACAAACUUUAUCAAAUCUUAUCCCUGAAUUUGUUUCCUUAAAAAGGACAGAUGUUUGAAACGAAUUAAUAGGUUUAUAGCAUUUUUUGUUUCCAUUUCAGCUAUUGUAGUACAGUGGAACCCCGUUUACAAUAUAAUCCGGUCCGGUGGGCCACAAAAAUCUGAUCGUAUUAAUUAACAGACUGAGCUUUUGUUCGAGCCAGAAUAAAGUGGACGUAAUAACGAGGUGGCCGCACAGGGGUGGUCGUAGGGCGGGGUGAAUCAUCACGCAACGUGAGAUGCUUGACCUAAAUUGCGUGACUGGGACCCGGCGAGAAUGAAGGCCACCCUUUCAAAACUGAAAGGUUUCACUUUCCCCGUUUAAAAACUAGUGUAUGCCUGUCAGUUUUACUGUGGAGUUCAGUAAGUUCGGGCCGGGAACAGACAGGUUUUUUUCGCGAGAAACCGAUUAUGUAACUGGGUCAGGUCUGUCUUUUCCCCCACCAAACAAGAAAACUCACAAUUAAUGAUGAUUGCGAAAGUUUGUGAGUCUCUUCUCUUGCAAGCGAUUGCAUAGCCACAGAUAGCUUUGUUGCCAAAUGAGAAAAAGCAGACAUCUUUACCACCGUGAACACUUGCAACAUCUAAUGAAAUUGGGUUUUACACAUGGGAAUUGUCAAUUUGUAACGUUGACACUUGUGAUUAGAUAAUUAACAUGGCACUUUCUGAUUCGUCGGGUCCAAACUACUCUGAUGAGGUCGUUGUCGGAACAUUCUUUAACGGACACGUGCGAAAUCAAACAUCACACUUUGUCGAGACAUUCCGCAUUCCUCGUCACUUUCUUAUACUCAAGACUAAGGUUUUCGUCGAGCUGAUGUGGAAAAGGCGGUUCAUUUUGCAGAACUAAUGUCGUUUGUUACUGCAGGCUUGACGAAUGUGUCUGAAAGCACAUCAAGAUCUGAACCUGAAGAUUCCACUCUCGGCGGACUUUUAAGCGAAGUCCUGUGUUCUUGUGAUACCUGUUCCUUCAAGAAGUUAAAAGAAGUAGAAAGCACCCUUCCCCCCGGUUUACCAAUGCCUUACAUUUCCUCUUGGACGAAUUCUCAAUUUUCCCAAACAAGCCUUCAAGCGGCCACGCCUUUGGCACCGCGGACUGGGUAUGAGCCCCCUUACUGGCACAGGCCAUGUUACUUUGGAUGGCAUUACGUCACUAGAGCCUCACAAGUGACUCACCACGCCGCUUUCCAUCAACCAGGAAACAUUUCCUCCGCGGCAUUUCACUUCUCGCGAUAUCACGCUACAGAACGUAACGAUACCGGAUGUAUCGCCACAGGAUAUCACGCUGCCCCAAAUCACGCAAAUCUCGACACAGCCACGGAGAACAGACUUGGAAGAUUGCUCGGCGGUGUGGCUUACGAUCAUGGUGACUUUCCGAAGAUCAUUUCAGUACACUCGAUGGCUGAGAGGUAUCAGGAAUCUAACACCAGUGAAGCUACAGCAGACUGCCAUUGUAACCCUCACGCAGAAGCGAAAAAUGUCUUUGAAGAUGUCACCGACGUAGAAAAGCCAACUAAUCAUUCGAUAUCCACGAUUCUAGAUCUGUCCUCUUCAAGUCCUGUUCAGAACUUUGGCCGUAUUAAGCCUCUUUCUGAAGUUUGCAGCCUGAGAAAUAAUGCGAGAAAAAGCCUCGAUUCUGAUGAAAACGAGUUUGGAAAGCAAUCUGAAUGCAUUUCAACUGAGGACGAAAGCGUGAAGUUGUCAGAGAGUGCACCCGAAUCCGCAACCCCUGCUGAAGGAUUAUCAAACACAGAUCUUCAGGAGUGCACAAGUAGAUCAGCAGUAACAGGAAAAGAAGAUUUAAUGUCUCCUCGCCAAGAAACGACAGAGCAGGGUCCCUCGACUUCGUCGAAUAUACCACCCUUAAAGAUAACGAAAACUGCACUAAUUUCGCAUCGCAUGCGAAAAAUCAAUAAAAUAGAGAAACGACUGAAACAUGAGCAAUCAGAACGCAAGAAAGCACGCUUUCUUAAGAAGAUAGAAAUGCUGCAAAGAGAGAUUGGGCUACUUAGAAACGGCUCACACGGAGGGAAAAGUGUACGAAAAGAUGAAAGCCCUUUGAGUGCUACACCUGUCAAAACUUCACCAUUGACGCCAAAUGAGGAGAUGACAGAGCGUGCAAAAAUGACUGAUGCAGGAAUUCAAGAUUGGAAAGCGGAGUUUAGAGUUAACACGACUACGAGAGAAUACUUAAGUUCAGAAAAGCCAAAAGGGGAUCUGUGUGGAAACGGUUUAAGAAUGAACGUGUUUGAGAAACUGGGGCUUUUGAAUGAAGAAGACAGCUCGAGCGGGGUGUCCACUUACAGUGAUUCCUCGCCCGAUAUAGAUCAUGACCAAAGCGAUUCUAAAACAACUGCACGUGGAGUGUUAACAGAACCCGACGAAGAACUUUCGGAAAAAGUUUUUGAGGAGAAAGGCGAACUUGAUGCUCUUCGAUCUCACUCUGAACCAUUAGCGGGCAGUAAAGAUAAUCAGGAAUUCAAUGAAAACGUGAACAUCUUGGUGAAAUCGGCAGACAGGAACAACGAAGACAAGCUCGAAUACGAGACUCUAACAAACACGUUCAAUCGAAGCGGGUCCAAGAAUCACCGCAGAGUUAAUGACAGCAAAGAGGUGCCGAAGAGAAAGCAAGGAGACGGUGUGUUCAAUGGUCUAUCCGCCAAGAGACGCUGCAAAACUUUGCCGAGGAAGGUGGUUUGGAAAUAUCUACCGCCUCCGCCAAAUAUAGAUCAAGAGAAAAUGGAAGUUAUCGCUGAAAAGCAAAAAAACAUCUCGGCCAAGAGUGAAGUCACUUAUUACGACGUAGAGGACAGCGACGCAGAGCCACUCCCAGCGAAGUUCAACGUCACUGGUGACGUCAGUUGGUCACACUUGUCAAUCAACGAUGACACCGAUUCAUCAGCUUCCAAUGAUCACGAGGAAUGCUGGGUAUAUGAUGACGACAUACUUCAAAGGAAGCUUGAGUUACGAGAAAGCAAGAUUAGUGACCUGCUUCUCAAGAAAGAGGGGCUGUUGCAGACCAUCGAAAAAAUGGCGACGAAAACUCUCCCUAGCGAUGAACUUGAAUCCUGUUGAUUCCUCGAUACUUCGCCCAUUGUACAAUUAAACUUUUUUCAAGAAUCGUUAAAAGCGUUGGUUAUUCUUUCUGCAGUGUACAGGUUGGCAAACAGGUAUAGCGUGACAAAAUGUUGACGUCAAGCAAACUUGACGUCGCGGAAUGUACGUUGUGUUAAGCUUUGCGCGUUGUGUUAUUAACAAUUCACCACUUUAGAAACGAGAAGAAAUCUUGAACGAGUCUAACCUCGCAUUCGUAUUGGGACUUUAGCAUGCUGGGGGCAAAACAAACACAAGAGGUCCCACAAGCCACUGCGCGAAGAGACUCGCCUCAGAUUUCUUCUCGUAUUGAAGACUCGUCGUUUCAGAAGUUUCAUUCUUAGUUCUACAACUAUUCAAGGUUGGCUGUUGCGUUGUCGUUUCCCCAAUGUUGUAUCUGAACAGUAUUUUCUUGGAAUCUUUCCAAAGGCCUUUUUUCCUCGUAUUUUCCGAGAUUUCUAAUAAGGUCGUUUCCCUCGAAAUUAAAACAGAAAAACGUCUAAAUAUUUACUAUGCUUACUGUUGCAUUGUUAAACAGUUACGAAAGUUAUGAUGAACAAUUGACAAUGAAGUUCGACGUUUCGACCAUUCAUUUUCGACUGGUCGGUUGAAAACAAUUAAAAUCGUCCUUUUAUUGAACAUUUUUGUUUUCUUCUUUUAUUGAUGAUUAUUGUAAUUUAACACUUGCCAUAGUAAGUUCUCGACAGGUAGUGAACACUGACCAUCGCCCUCUUCACCACCCCUCUCCUCCCCAUCUCUCUCUCUUCUUUAAACGCCUGAUUAUUUUAACAAGAGGUCACAUAAAAAUU